CUUGUGAACUGGGUGAAUAGCUGUCAAAAUAUCUCCGAUUUUGCCAAUCGUAUCAACCCGAUCAUGGAUAUGGACCUGGAAUAUUCAAUUACACCCCCGUUGUCGCCAUGCAAUGAGGUUGAUAGCGAGGAUCCGCCACCACGAUUGGGGCAAUCUUUGAUACAAGAUUGCGUCCAGUGUCUUGCCUGCAUUGAAUGCUUCAAAGUGCGGGAUCGCCACACAUCAUCGGUGUCAGCAAUUAAAAGAAUUCUUGCAGGAAAAGACCCAAGUCCGGAGUGUUUCCAUGACAACACGUGUGAGCUCUUUGGCCACACCUACGUCACUGGGGUGGCCCUGCUAGAUACAACAUCACAUCUCUUCUGUCAAGCCAGGCAGUGCAUCAGCAAGAUCCAAGCACUUCUUGGCCAAGGCAGCAACUGGGGUUUACUUGACCCUAUUGUGAACGAAGCCAAAAAACUGCACAGCCGUGUGAUGACUUUCAUGCAAUAUGUGCAGACUUUCGUUCACAGAAGCUUCAGCCUGCCCGAUGCGACCCUACCCCCGUCGGUCUACACCCAGAGGUUGGCUAGCUUUCCAUCCGUGCUGGUCGUUGAGCUACAGACACUGUCCAUGUUCAACGGGAGAAUCAGUGAGCUACCGACGGGCGUCCUGCAGCAGUGUGCCACAUCAACAAUGAGACCGGAUUCUAUUGGAAGCCUGUUACUUCACAUGAACCUCAGCACUCAAUGGAGCAUCGUUCAAGUUCUGCAUCUUCUGCAUGCUAAAUUAAAAGGAGAACAAGAGCUCAUCGCAUCAUCAGCUGAAAAAGCACAAGAGCUACUUCAAGACAUGUUGAAUGUAGCAAUAGUCAAGCACAACAAGCUUGGAUACAGUGAGCAUCAUCAGCAUGGGCCAUUCCCUGACGGUUGUCUGCAGGAUCUCUGGCUGUCAUUGAUACAACUGCUGGACCACAGACACAACCAGUACUCCACUGAUUCGUUCUGGUGCAGCUUUCAUUCGUGCCUCACCCCUCUUCUUGAUGACAUCACCAAUCCCAGCCAAUCACAGCCCUCGGAUACCCCGGCCACGCAGCCGAAACCCAGGGAUCCUAUUGGUCUGUGCUGGUGGCUGUUACAGUACAUCGCACCCCUGUAUCAGUAUAACCAGAACGGCCAACUGACGAACGGAAAACAGGGAAGGCCUAUCAGGUGUUACUGGCUUCUUGUUGAGGAUUUACUCAAAUUAAUGUUUGCCUCAAACGACGCUUUGCCCGAUGAAGCUCAUAUGCAGAGCUAUCUGAAAUCCUGCCUAGCCCUCUGUCACCUCUGGGAACCCAAGGGGUCUGUUCUGACCCUACUCUGGGGACACUUUCACAAGAGACUGAAUAAGAAGUUGAUUGUUCCAGGGCAAGGUGUGAGAAGUCUUGCUACAAUUUGCCAAACUCCACACUCUUGGUACGAGCACUGCAAAGAGAGGGUAGCUGAUCAUACUGCAAGUCAUCACCACGACAACAGUUUUGACCUGUUCCUACGCAUCCUAGCGACGCAGCUGAAGCACAUGAAGGAGACUGGCGCUGCCCAGGGUUGGAAGCAGCUGCAGGGGCGGUUCUACUCCAAGUUUCACGGCCGCAGCAUGAAGGAACUGGAUGAGACCGGUCUGAGCCGCUUCCUGAGUCUGUUCCUGACCUUUGCCCUCGUGACUGACCUCUCAGAUGCGACUAGCCGUGUGCUGGACUUUCUUGAUUUACUUCCGACUGACACUCUCACUCAUGGAAAACUCAUGCUUAUUUGGAGAGGUUUGUUCACAUUAUGUUUGAUUCACGAGGAUCAGUCAUGUGACCUGGCGGUUGUGGCUGAUAGACUUGUUCAGGGAUUCAACACAGUCUGCAUGGAAAUGAGCAGCAAGUCCGUUGACAGCGGGCGGAAGAGUCAGCUAUGGGCCUUGGUCCUGAGCUACAUCGAAGCAACACAGGAGGUGUUUGAUGCGAGUAACAAGCUGCAUCUCUCUGAAGAGAAGCUCAUUGGAUCUGGUUUGAGCAAUCUUCUGGAAGUUUCUUCCGAACAUGAGAUGCGAGCGCUAUUGACCUUUCUCCAGACAAUCAUGGCCAGACACAGAAUUUUGUACCAGCAAGUGUUGAUGCAGAGGCCGGCUUCAACUGCAAAAUCUGACACAUCUCCAGGCCCAGAGAUGCUUAUGCAUAAAUACCAAGCUUUUGCCAGGAUUCUUUGGGAUCGGAUUCACCCUUUCAUCAAGAGACACGCCUCCACUCAGACUCCACCUUCAGAAUUGGCCGACGUUGCCACCAGUUUUACUCUGCUGGCUGCGGACCUCAAGUUGCACAAUGAAGGCUCAGGAUCCGGGCAGACAACUCCCCAGGAGUUGUUCCGUUUCUACGGCUUAGACGACCACAAAGUUCAUCAUAGUAUUACAGUACGCUAUCUGUGCCACCUUCUACCAAACCACUCCUUCACUGAGCAACUCCAAGCAGCUAUUGGCCCCGCCCAGUGGGCGUCGUCCCUCGUCCACGCCUGGCUACGCUGCGGUCUCCAGAGCCCCCAGUCUAGUACCCCGAUGCAAGAACUGACAAGACUGGUCUUUAAGCUUGGAGAGGUGUCCGCCAUCUUGGAUAGUCAGAUUCAGUCAUCUAGCAAUGUGAUCGACGGGACUGGUAACCCUCACAAACACACGAUGCUGCAAUUCAUACAAGCUCUUGGACACCAGUUUAACUCGGCACAGGGCCUUCAGGAGCGUGUGCUAAAGAGACAGACCAUUCUCUCAUACUUGGGCGACCUCGUCGAGCUCAGCCAACCCAUGUUGCGCAACAUGAGGUCAGCCAGUGACCUCUUAUGGAUCUACAAGGUCAUAGGUCACGUAGUCAAGUACUGUUCCAGCAUUCUUUACGUGAAGGGCAAGUCUCAAGCUCAGCUGCCAGGAAUUCUGACUGAACUGAUCCUGCCGCCGGCCUUGUUCAAUCCCAAGAAGGGCCUGCCAUCACAAAUGCUGUCCGCCAUCCGUGAAACUUUGCAUCUGUUUCUAGAGGGUCUGGCCAGCCUGGACCUGCAGCGAGAUGAAUUCAUCCAGCGCAAAGUUCAAGAAAUCGUUCAGCAGUACUUCCUCCGGUUUCAAGUUAAAAGUUCAACCUUGGCUACGACGUCUUCAGGCAGCUCAUCUGCAAACCAUCCUUUCAUGGUUGCAUUACAUAAAUCCUGUGCACGACAGCCAAACCCACAGAUCAGUGCCCUGAGAGAGCUAAUCCUUAAGGCUAUUCGUCAACAGUACCUAAUAUACCACGGCCAGCAACCGCCUAGCCACUUACCAUACACGCUGGCCUUCCUGCAAGAAUUACUGCAUAGAACUUACAAUCCACAGCAGAUUGCGAGGUAAGGAUUAUUGCUCAGUGCUAGAUCUUGACU